AUGACAGGAAGCCCAAACCCGUCCGGCAAAGUUAGCCUCGACGAGAAGAAGGAGGCACGGGAAGAGGCUGUCGAGACCGUAUCCUCUCGUGGCAGCGCCCAUGAACUCGAAUUCGGGGGCGACAAUAAGCUGCCGCCGCCGCCGAAGCUCACUCCGGAGCAGGAGGCGAAGCUCUACCGCAAAGUCGAUUUGUGGCUUAUGCCCAUUUUGACUAUCAUGUAUCUGUUCUCGUUCCUCGACCGAGGAAAUAUUGGCAAUGCAAAGCUCCAGGGCUUGACAUCCCAACUGCACCUGACCGGCAACAAGUACAACAUUGCCCUGACCAUGUACUUCAUUCCCUACUGUAUCUUUGAAUGUCCAGCCAAUUUGGUAUUGAAAAAGUUCCGCCCAUCAAGAUGGCUUCCGGGUAUCACAAUCGUAUGGGGUAUAAUCGUAACACUCAUGGGCCUAGACCGAACCUAUGCCAACCUUGUUGGGACCCGUAUCGCCCUUGGAAUUGCAGAGGCGGGUCUGUUCCCCGGCGUUGUCUACUACCUGUCAAUAUGGUACCCUAGGCACAUGCUCCAAUGGCGCAUCGGGAUCUUCUACGGAGGUGCUACGGUCGCUGGUGCAUUCUCCGGUCUUCUCGCCUUCGGCAUAUCGUUCAUGAGUGGUACUGAUGGAAUGCUCGGCUGGUCUUGGAUCUUUAUCAUCGAGGGUAUCGCCACUGUAUGCGUUGGCAUUAUCUCGCUUUUUAUCCUGGUCGACUUCCCAGAUACCGCCAAGUUCUUGACGCCCGAGGAGAAAGCGUACAUCAUCUGGAAGAAGAAGUAUGACAACUCCUCGGUCGGCGAAGAAGAGCACUUUGCGUUGCGCCAUGUCUGGGCCGCUCUCAAGGACUGGCAAAUCUGGCUGCAAAUUUUGGUGUACAUGUCGAUCAUCGGACCGCUCUACGGCAUCUCCCUCUUCUUACCCUUCGGGUUCGACACGGCGAUCAGCCAGCUGCUCACUGUGCCACCAUAUGUCUUUGCGACUAUAGUCCUGCUCAUUUUUGCCGUUUGGUCCGACCGUAUCAAGAUGCGCUACCCUUUCAUCCUCGCCGGCCUCUUCAUGUGCCUCAUUGGGUUCUCCAUCAACCUCUCGCAUGCGCCAAUCGGUGUCAAGUACUUUGGCACAUUCUUCUGCGUGGCAGGGUCGUACGCUGCGUUCCCGGGUGUCGUCGCCUGGCUCGGCAAUAACCUGGCUGGGCAGUACAAGCGUGGCGUCGGGAUGGCGCUGCACAUCGGUAUCGGGAACUUCGCUGGCGCAAUCGCAUCAAACAUUUACCGCGAGCAAGACGCUCCUCGUUACAUCCUCGGACACGCGCUCGAGCUCAUGUUCGUCGGCAUCGGCUUCGUGUCGCUCCCGAUCGUCGUUUUCCUCUACAAGCGCAUCAACGCGCAGCGGGACAGGCUGCAGAAGGAGAUGGAGGAGAAGGGCAUCAAGCUGACGCCGGAGGAGCUGCGCGAGAUGGGCGACCGCGCGCCAGACUUCCGGUACACUCUGUAG